AUGACCGGGUAUUUACGCGCAGAUAUCGUAGUCAUCGGCGGCGGCCCCGCCGGCAGCGCGGCUGCCACCAUGCUUGCCCGCCAGGGCUGGCAGGUUGUCCUGCUGGAGCGGGAACAGUUUCCCCGCGACCACGUCGGCGAGUCCCUUCUCCCCGCCAGUAUCCCCAUCCUCGAAGAACUCGGGGUCCUGUCGGCUGUCGAGGCCCAGGGCUUCCUCAAGAAAUUAGGCGCAACCAUGGUCUGGGGUCGGGACAAGGAGCCCUGGAGCUGGUUCUUCGGCGAGACCAACCUCCGCUACCCCCACUCCUACCAGGUCUGGCGCCCCACCUUCGACCAACUGCUUCUGGACAACGCCGCGGCAAGUGGUGUGGAGGUCCGCCAAGGUUGGCGCGCCACCGAAGUCCUGUUUGACCAAGACUCUGCCGCUUCCCAAACCCGUCAUUCCGGUGAAGGCCGGAAUCCAGCAAUCCCCAACGACCAACAACCUCCGGAUAAACGAACUGUUACCGGCGUCCGCUGCGUGGACUCUGUAGGACACGAGCAGGUAAUCAAUGCCCGUUUCCUGGUGGACGCCAGCGGGCAAAACGGGUUGCUGGGCCGCCAACUUGGCCUGCGCCGCUGGGACGAGUCCUUUCGAAACCUGGCGGUCUAUGCCUACUACGAAGGCGCGGAGCGGUUGCCUCCCCCUGCGGACAGCAACAUCUUUAUCGAGUCAUACACCCACGGCUGGCUCUGGACCAUCCCCCUGCACACCGGCUUGUCCAGCGUGGGUGCGGUGGUGGACCAGAAGGUUGGGGAAACUCUUGUGCAAGACCUGGGGCUGGAGCGAUUUCUGGACGAACAACUUGGCCUGGCCCCCUACACCGCAACCAUGCUGUCCAACGCCCGCCGUGUCUCCGGCCCCUUUAUAGUCAAGGACUGGUCCUAUGCUUGCGACAACAUGGCUGGGGACGGCUACGUCCUGGCUGGGGACGCCGCCUGCUUCAUUGACCCCCUCUUUUCUUCGGGGGUCCACCUGGCCCUGAUGUCCGGCGUCCUGGCCGCCGCCUAUGCCACUACCGCCCUGCGCAGUCCGGACAUGGCCCCGGCUGCCGCGCAGGUUUACCAGGAACUCUACAUGAAGGAGUAUCACCAUUUCAGGGAGAUGGUCCGCCUCUUCUACUCCAGCAACCGCACUGUCGAGUCCUACUUCUGGGAAGCCCGCCGCAUUCUCGAAGGUGAUCAGGCGUCGGAGUCCGGUCUAUCAGCCCGUGCUUCCUUCAUUCAGGCGGUGGCUGGCCAGACGCCCCAGGGCUACGAACGCAUGGUCCUGGAAAGGGGCGCGGCCCCAACUGAAUUUGCCAGCAGCGUCCGCGCCGUGGAGUCAGACCGGGCCAGGCGUCAGGCGCAAAUGGAUGAGCACCUUCAGCCGCAGAGCGGACAGCCCCCGGCCAUCCUCUCUGCCGCACCCCAGCUUCGCCCCGGCGUACAAGUCCAACGCAAACCUGUAGUGGGCGAUGGCGCUUUCGACUGGGGCUAUGUGCUGAUCACCGAAAGUCAUCCGGAGGGUCUCCCCUGCAGCAACCUUGUUGCCCGCCUGGCCGCAAUGCUGGACGGCAAGACGACGGUCGCCGAUCUGCUGAACACACUGGCCGCCGAAGUUGAUCCCUCGCAACAGCAGCAACUUUUUUCCAGCAUCCUCACCACCCUGCAAAUUCUCUAUGUGGACGGAACGAUAGAAAAUCUCGUCUUCUGA